AUGCUUUUCCUGGGCGUGGUAAUACCCGUCUUCUACCGUCUACCAGAAGGCAAGACUCUCGAGGAUGCCGGACAAUCCGGAGUAUUCAUCGCCGAACGGGCCCAGAAGAACCUCUACGACUUUGACGCAAUUGGCGUCAAGUUGCUCAGCAGUGACAACAAUGAAAACAAAACCCAUGACUUUGUCCUGAACGAGUUGAAUAAGAUUUUGGCAAACGUGGACGACAAACUUGUCACCAUGGAGAUAAGCUCCCAAGUUGGUAACGGCACCUUUAUUCGUAACACCCAGCUCUAUUUAUACAACAACGUCCAAAAUAUCGCUGUGAAAGUAACGCCCGUGGGAAACACCAACGACAAAUGGGUUCUGUAUAACACUCAUUCGGACUCAAAACCCACGAGCCCUUCGGCUGGUGAUGCCGGCUUCAUGGUCGUGAUCGGUCUGGAGAUAUUGCGAUUGAUUACAACCCAAGAUUUUGGCUUAACGACCACAAUCAUAUUUUUAUUCAACGGAGCCGAGGAGAAUACGUUAUUGGGAUCUCAUUGUUUCAUCAGCCAACACGAAUGGGCGGAUAACUGCGCGGUCCUCGUUAAUAUGGACGCUGCCGGUAGUGGUAGUAAGGAAAUUCUUUUCCAAUCCGGACCAACAGACCCAAAGUUGGCUCAGUUGUAUAAGAAAUUCGUGCCCCGUCCAUUUGCCACUGCCUUGGCCGAGGAAAUUUACCAGACAGGCUUAGUCCCCUCAGAUACGGAUUUCUCCAUUUUCACAGCCGUCAAAAAAGAUCUAGUUGGUUAUGAUAUUGGACAAUGCGUAAAUGGCUAUAUAUAUCACACAAAGUACGAUCGUUAUGAUAUUAUCCCUCGGGGUUCUAUUCAAAGUACUGGUGAAAAUGCUUUGGCUUUAGUUGUCGGUCUGGCCACUCAGGAUUGGACGGAAAGUAGUGAGACUGGAACCGCUGUGUUCUUUGACUUCCUGGGUCUCUUCAUGAUCUCCUACUCGAACACCGUUGCCGUAAAACUAAACUACGCCGUGGCUGCCGUGACCAUUGUCCUGGUGUAUCUUUCCCUGCUGCGGAUUGCAUCUGUUGCCAAAACCACCUCUGAACAUGUGAUCACUUGGUUCGUCCUGAUCUUUGUCGUUCAGGUUGUUGCCUUAGUUCUGGGCGUGGGUCUUCCCAUAAUUGUGGCUUACGUGUUUGACAAGUACGGACUUACUCUGACAUACUACAGCACUCCGAUCUUGUCCCUGGGUCUCUAUGUAUGCCCCUGCCUGGUGGGAUUGGCUCUGCCCAGUGUCAUUUACCUCAAGCUGCAAAAGAAUGAGAACCUCACCUAUGUCCAACAACUACAAAUGGCUCUCCAUGGUCAUGCCGUUGUCCUGUCGAUCCUGAGCAUUGCCCUGAACUAUUAUGGACUCCGAACCACCUAUGUCUUCACCUGGACUCUGAUUUUCUACGACGUUCCCUUGGUCCUGAACUUGAUCAGCACUUUGCAUGAUCGCGGCUGGUCGUGGACUUUUGUUCUGAAGGUGUUCCAAGUGAUUCCUUUCAUGUACAACAGCUAUCUGUUCUAUAUUCUGAUUGUUAUCCUCACACCAAUGAUGGGACGCUUUGGACAGAACACCAACCCCGAUCUGAUUAUUUCGGCCUUGGCUGCUCUGGGUACUGUUCUAUCCAUGGGCUUCUUGAUCGUACUCAUUAACAUGUCCCGUCGCUCUGGCAUUAUUUUGGUGGCUUUGGUAGCCAUUAGUGCGGCUACUAUUUACGUGGCCAGUUCCACGGAGAUUGGUUUCCCUUACCGACCCAAAACUAAUGUCCAACGUCUUUAUUACUUGCAAGUGCACCGUGUAUUCUACGAGUUCGAUGGCACAGUCAGCAAGAACGAGUCUGGAUACCUGAUGAGCUUCCAGGAUCGCCGUGGCAGUAGUCCCCUCAUAAAAGCUGGUGUGGUUCUCAGCAAACUGACCAGUCUGUCCUCUGACUGCAGCAAUUAUCCUGCUUGCGGAAUGCCGAUUUGCGAUUGGCGCUAUUGGAAAUUUUACCAGAACCUGACUUGGAUACCUCGAGAUAACCCCAUUGAAACCAUUUCCACUCCACCACUGGUGCUGUUGAACCGAACUAUUGUGGAUGAUGGCAAAACCCUGCGACUGGUGUUCAGAAUCUUCGUCACGGAUCAUUCUACCUUAGUCAUUCAGCCCCUGACAGAUGUUACCAUUACCAGCUGGUCAUUAUUAGAUAGCUUCAGGGACGUUACUCCGCCAUACAUUGUUUUCUACUCAUAUGGAUUGAAGGUCGAGUACAUUGACAUCACCAUUGAGUUAACGAAACCUGAUUUUGAUUAUGCGAUGCCCUCAGUUAUUGUAGGAGUUGGGCGACAGUUUAUGAAUUCUGCCGGAGAUGCAGAGGCGCAAGCUUUUCUAAAAUCAUUGCCCAACUUCACGGCUCCAGUCCAAUGGCCAGCGGAUUAUCACCAAUAUAUUUUCUAAACUUUUCAUUAAAAUACCAAAAAUAAACUUCAUUUUUAAAAAUUAAA